AUGGAUGGGUUUUUCUCGUACACCGAGAACGAUCCGAGCCUGUGGCUCCCGAAAGGGAUCGUCGACGGGACGGACGACUCGACGACGGUCCCGUUCGCGCUCCCAGGUGGCCUGAGCCCUCCGACGGAGACGGAGAACUCUGAAGUGCAGGAGAUGGCUCGUAGGGCGAAGAUGACGAGCAUUUUGCCAGAUGAGCAAUCUCUGUUACUCGGAUACGCCGCGCAGGCGUUGGUGGAGCAGCAGACGGUGGCGAACGGUGGGAUCGGAGGCAUGCACGCACCGGCUGCGGAUGAGUUGAACGGGGCGCUCGCCGGACGACUCCGCGGUCCCUCAGGACCCCGAAGAGCGGGACAAGGUGUAGAGGAAGAAGAGCAACAAGUGGCAUCGAUCGAGGUGAUGGCAAACGGUGGGUUGAGGCUACGCGUGACGCUUCUAGCCGCCGGAUUCGUCAUCGGCGCAAGCGGCGCGUCCAUUCGGGAAAUCAUGCGCCACACGGGCUCGACAAUUCAGUCCUGGACGCAACCGCCGGAAGCCGGCGUGUACCAUCGCCCUUGCCGAGUGUUUUGCAUUCAAGGUAAUCCAGAAUCCGUGAUGGCUGCCUCAAAUCUCAUCCAUGAAGCCGUUGAGCGUUACAAGGAGCUGUGUGAGGGUAAGCGACGCGGAGAGUUCGUUCAACGCUUGCAGUACAUUCGCGGGGUUGAAUUCUCCUACCAACCGCCGCCCAAGAACGUUGUUCCAAACGCAGCUUCUGUGAACGUUUCGCGUACAGGUAAUCUGACGUCUCCGAACGCAGCGAACGAGACGCUUCAGCUUCUCGCCGCUGCGCAAGCGCAGCGCGACGCAAUGCAACACUACCAAAAUCUCGCGGCGUCUUCGUACGCUGCCGGCCUUGCCGCCGGUGCAAAAAUGCACCAACUGAAUUUCAACAACAUGGCACAACGAACCAGCGUGGCUUCGAUACCAAAUAUUCCAAAUGUUGACAACAUGCAAACAUUCUCUUCAUUCUACUCUCCUUUUGUACCUCCGAGAAGUGAGUGA